CCAAGCUAUCCCUUGGAUACUCCAUAGUCCCAAAACCAUUUUUCUCUCUCUCUCUCUCAUUGAAGUGAAAAUGAGGCUAAGUUUUGUCUUUCAAUUCUUAUUCCUUUUCUUUCUGCUUUUCUCCACAAUACUCUCUUCAAGGCCACUUACAAGUGAACAAGGAGAGAACUAUUUUUUGGAGUUAGAAGGAGGUGAAUCUUUGAAGGUUAUGGAAAUGGAGAAGUGCAAUAUUGAAGAUGAAGAAUGUAUGCAGAGAAGAAUGACUUUAGAAGCUCACCUAGACUACAUCUACACCCAACAUCAUAAGCCUUGAAAUCAUAGAUCUCUUCAUGCUUCAAUAAAGAGUAAUAUUAUCUUUCUAAUUAGAUUUAGAUAAUGAAAAUAUAGGAUAUUUCCUCUUGUGUUUAUUUUGACUACAAUAACACAUGAAAUUGCUUCUUAAGGUGAAAUGAUGUCUUAUUAUGGUAUCCUCUGUUUGAUUUAAUGCAACUGCUAUAAACAUUGAAUA